AAUUUGCGGCAGUGUUACACGUUUUGCUCUUAACACUGGCCGCUGUAAGCGGUGAUGUAUUGUCUGAAGAUGGCGCCUUCCGCGCCGGUCAGUCAUCCAGCUCCCCGGCUGCAGCAGUCGCCCGAGACGUUAGGUAACGUACCGUAGUAAGUUGCACGGCUGUCAACGCGUCGACUCACUUGUCCAAGUGAUCAAUUGGAUCACUCUUCUUUUUACUCGAUAGUCCUGUAAAGAUGCAGGUAAACCUUACCAGGGAGAGUAUUGCAUUUGCACAACAGCUUUUAACUUGUUUACAAGUAUGUUGUCAAUCUGAUCUUGCUAGCUAGGUAUAUUUGCCAGUGACGGAUAAGAGAUUACGCAAAUAAAAGCAGUUUUAUUUUUAGCAAAUGUAAUUUAUCUAUUCCUAUCUAGAAUCGUAUGGUGACAUCAGUCACAAAUGUCACACCCAAUAACAGAUCAAUGCUUCUUUUUUUGUGCUUUUUAUUACCACCUAAUUACCAGCAGCCUAAAUAUCCAACGUGAGAUCUCUAUAAGAACGCAGUGCUCAGGAAAUAAAACAUUUACUACCAUUUAUUUUAUAAAAAUUGCACUUGCUGUAGAUUACGGGGUCAAUGUGUUCAAGUCUCUAACACGAAAGUUGUGGUGAGGAAAUUCUGAUCCAAUCUGGAAAAUGACCAGACUUUCCAGUCCAUUUCUCAACUCAAUUUAAAUUGUGCAUUUUUACUACAAAAAUAACUAUGUUAUCCAGGCUGACUGAAAUUGUGUCAUUGGCCCAUAUAAUAAAUUAUAAACUCAAAUAAUAUAGCCACAUAAAAACAAGCAAGAAUGGCUUCAUGUAUGCUGGGAAAUUGAGAGAAAAUGGGUUCCAGUUUGUGGACUAGUGCAUGAGUUGGACCGAAAUACUGUUAGGAUCCAGUCUUCUUCCAGCUUGCCAAUUUAUUAUUCACAAAUGGUAGUGACGCAUAUUUAGUUCUAGAGAUUCAGCACCACUUGGCGUGUGACUUCCUAAACAUCCAAAGACGAGUAGAUAUGUUGGUGAAGAACAGCCACACAAGAAAAAUGAAGUCAAAUCGAUAAUUUAUUAUCAAAAAAUGAUACAAUGCUAAAUGUGUGUCCGCGGCACGGAUGGUGCAGUGGGUAGCACUGCCGCCUCACAGCAAGGAGGUCUUGUGUUUGAAUCCCCAUCCGCCGUGGCUUCUCUGUGUGGAGUUUGCAUGUUCUCCCCGUGUCUGCGUGGGUUUCCUCCGGGUACUCCGGUUUCCUCCCACAGUCCAAAGACAUGCAGGUUAGGCUGAUUGGAGAGUCUAAAUUGCCCAUAGGUAUGAGUGUGUGAGUGAAUGGUGUGUGUGCCCUGCGAUGGACUGGCGACCUGUCCAGGGUGUAUUCCUGCCUUUCGCCUAAUGUAUAGGCGGAUAGGCUCCAGCCCCCCUGCGACCCUGCUCAGGAUAAGCGGGUUAGGAUAAUGAAUGAAUGAAUGAAUGAAUGAGUUAAAUGUGCGUCCAGCCAGAAAACGACAAAAAAAAACCGCGCCAUACCCGGCCGAGCCGUUGGUAAGCUUCCGAUGAAGCCGGCUCCCGAACCGCUGAGCUGCCCUGCCCUGCCCUGCCCUGCCCUGCAGGUAUCUGCUGUACGACGUGAACCCGCCAGAGGGCUUCAACCUGCGGCGGGACGUGUUCGUCCGCAUGGCCUCGCUGGUGAAGACGCUGCGUCGCCGGGGGGACUGGGUGCUCGUGCUGCCGCCCUGGGGUCGGCUGUACCACUGGCAGAGCCCGGACAUCCGCCAGGUUCGCAUCCCGUGGAGCGAGUUCUUCAGCGUCCGCAGUCUCCAUGCCAACGUGCCCGUCAUCGAGUACGAGGAGUUCAUCGCCGAGGCUGGCGGGCCCUUUGUGGAGAGGGUGCUGGUCCUGCAGAACUACGCGGAGGGCUGGACGGACGGGAAGUGGGAGGAGAAGGUGGAGGAGCGGCCCUGCAUUGAGCGCCUCCUGUACUCCAGAGACAAGCAGGGAUACUACAGGGGCUGGUUCUGGGGGCACGAGGAGACACGAGGCCUGAAUGUGACCUGCAUGUCAGCCCAAGGGCACGCCUCCAUCCUGGCCCCGUUCCUGCUGCAAAACAUCACGUCCACCAGGUCGGUAAUGCUGGACAGAGCAGAGACUCUUCUACAUGACCACUAUGCUGGGAAAGAUUAUUGGGAUACCAGACGCAGCAUGGUGUUCGCCAAGCACCUGCGUGUGAUUGGUGACGAGUUCCGUGCCAAAUACCUGAACUCUACAGAUGAGUCGGACCGUACCGUGUACGAUGAGGACUGGACCCGCAUGAAGGCUAAGCUAGGCAGUGCGAAGGGGGGACCAUACCUGGGGGUACACUUGAGACGGAAGGACUUUAUUUGGGGCCACCGGGAGGACGUGCCCAGCCUCAAAGGGGCAGUGAAGAAGAUCCGCAGCCUGAUGAAGAAGCUGAAACUGGAGAGAGUCUUCAUCGCCACCGAUGCUGUUGAGGAAGAGCUGGAGGAGUUGAAGCGGAUGCUUCCGGAGACGGUGCGCUUCGAACCCACCUGGGAGGACGUGGAACUGCUCAAAGAUGGCGGUGUGGCCAUUAUCGACCAAUGGAUUUGCGUGCAUGCCAGGUAUUUCAUCGGAACUGCCUUGUCCACCUUCUCCUUCCGGAUCCACGAGGAGAGAGAGAUCCUGGGCUUCGACCCCAAGACUACCUACAACCGCUUCUGCGGUGACGAUGAGAAGGAGUGCGAACAGCCCACCCACUGGAAAAUUGUCUACUGACAUUCCGAUGCGUCUUCAGCUCGCGGAGACUCCUAACCAAUCAGUGUUCAGAAAUCAGGAGUUGUUUUUCCCUGAAAUUCACUAGGCUGUUUUUUUGUGGUUUUUUUUGGUCUACGAAAAAAAAAAAAAAAAAAUUAUAGACUGUAAAGAAUUUGUAUUCAUAACUCAGAAAGGGACAAAAGCAGUAGUUGUUGUUGACAUGGCACUCGGGGGUUUGGUUGUCAUGACGCCAGUGAUGAAAGCAUUGACUGAACCGGUCUGGACUGGCCUUGCUCCACUGAGACCGAAUGCCACCUUCGUGCCUCGGCUGCUCACGUGACCUUUGACCUUUGACCUAUACCAAUCCAUUGAUUGACAGUGUUAAGCGGUGCUGUGGCUCACGCUUGCCGGUAGAUUCAGGAAUGAGAAAGAGGUGAAGGGACCUGGGAUUAAAUUAGAAGUUAGGGAACCAGGACAAUACUUCAGAAGGACACUUCUUUUGAAGACUACUCCAUACUAGCUGUUUUGGAUGCCUCUUAUCCCUUUGUGUUUAUACAGUUUUUCAGAAUUACUGUGCACGUGCACUACCAUGAUGCCAUGUUCAGGACUGGGACUGCGAACUGACCUGCAGUCAUCGUUUUGUUCCAGUGAGCAAAAUUGCCUCAGUUUGUGUCGUAUUGAAUCUUUCACAUAUGAUCUUCAGGUUUGCAUACGUUGGAAAAACGUGUGGAAUCACUGUUUCUUUUGGUUUUUUUGUACUUAGGUUUAAAAAAAAAAAAAAAAAAAAAAAAAAUGUAUUAGUACAUGUUUUUGGUUAUUUUUGGUUAUUUGCGUUUCAGAGGUACCAUUGUUUCACUGUCAGUCACGUUUGUCAUAGACGUAUGUUGCAGAUGAUUCUGAGGUGUACACAGUCACAGUAUAGUAUUAGCUUUUUUUUCGUCAAUUCGUAAUUUUGCCAAAAACAGUAUUGUUUUGGUGUGACUGUUUUAAAAAGAAUGUUUAUAAUGGAGGCUAAAUGCCUUUGACUGAUUGACCAUUGCCUGACACUCAUCACUGAGAAGGAGAGAGAAUUGUGUCAUCUAAUAUCCCAUGAGAUUCUACAGUGGCAGGAAGUCUGAAAUGACCUGAUUCCAUAAAAAAAAUAAAAAGAAACCCUAUAUUUUUUUCAUGGUAAAUGAGGGACGCAUGUGGAAUUAUUUUAAAAAUAAAGGCUGUUCAGUUGAAGCCAUGUGGAAAGAGUCUGUGCUGUAAUGUAGAUACAGUAUAUAUGAGUUAUGUGUAAUUAUAGGAAGCAAAACUAUGAAUCCAUUGUUUCAGAUCAUGUCAUUAUUUUUACAUGACAAUUUUUAAUAAAACACACUUGCCAUAAAUUACUUACAA